AUUUGUGAGAAAGUCGCGAGAUACGUGAGAUGUCGCGAGAUUUCGUAGACAAGCAACAAGACGCAGGAAAUAUGGCGGCGCUCGCGGUGGUAGAAACUCCAUCAGGAAAAGAUGCCAUCGCAGAAGGACUUUUUGAUUUGUUAAAACCUGCAGUACAGCAACUCGAUCUUCAUGUGCAUGCGGUCAGGGAGAGUCAAGUGGAGCUCCGUGAGCACAUUGACAACUUGGCAACUGAGCUGUGUAGAAUUAACGAACACCAGAAAGUCGCUCUGGACUUGGAUCCCUAUGUGAAGAAGCUGCUCAAUGCCAGGCGCAGAGUUGUUUUGGUCAACAACAUCCUACAGAAUGCACAAGAGCGUUUGAGAAGGUUGAACCAUAACGUGGCGAAGGAGACUGCACGCCGGAAAACCAUGCUCGAAACAUCCGGAGCGUUUUCCACACGUUCUCCUAGCAAGCCAUGACGAGUGGCGAUUUAAGAGAGAACACUGCACAAUGAAAUAAACUGAAGCUGUGUAUCAGAGAUGCAGUGGAUUAUGCACAGAUUGGACUGAUGUACAGCACUGAGGCUUGUGUACAUCCAGAAUUAGCCAAAGAGCCUGCUGUGUACUAAGAGCUGUUAUAUAUGCACAAGAUAGUUGGGUAUGCAUAAUGAUUAAUAUCGAUUACAUUUGAUUUGCACCUGGCUUUACCUCUCCUGAUCUAUGUGUUUGUCGCUCAGUACAGCUGCUUGUAUCUUCAAAUGCCAGAAAGCAUGCUCACAUGUAACAGAAAUGGUCGCUAACCUCAAACUAAUUAUUCUAAUCCUUUUUUAAAACCAGUAGUCACGGUCAGUAGAAAGCUAGCUGACAUUAGGCUGUCUUAUAUUUAAUUAAACAGUUAUCCUGGUAUCAUGACAAGUUAGUUUGCCUUAGGCUAACUGCUGUGUUGUGUUGUGUAAUGGUUCUGUUUGAGAGAGAGAGAGAGACUGAGACUGAGAGAGACUGAGACUGAGAGAGACUGAGACUGAGAGAGACUGAGACUGAGAGAGACUGAGACUGAGAGAGACUGAGACUGAGAGAGACUGAGAAUGAGAGAGACUGAGAAUGAGAGAGACUGAGAAUGAGAGAGACUGAGACUCAGAGAGAGAGAGACUGAGAAUGAGAGAGAGAGACUGGGAGAGAGAGACUGGGGGAGAGAGAGAGAUCUGACAGACUGCACUGAGUCAAUAUUUUCCUUUUUAUAUUAUUAUCCGAGUGCAAACAUCAGCAUGCUGAGGAACCAGACUAAAAACAUCGUCCAGGUGAAAUGAAUGCCACAAUCACACCUACAGCAACAAAGUGACGGAGAUCGUUCCUUUUCACCGAGAGACUACGACUAUAGACUCUAAGACUUCUAUCGAUGCAGUUGUUAACGGUCGUAAAUUUGCAGACUCCAUUUUAUGUGUUGGCCAAUGGUUUUAUUACAACAGGAGUCGUUUUAAGGAACUGUAGAAACUAUACUGUCAUCUAAACUAUACUGUCUUCUCACGGGAAACGUUAGUUAACGUUUGUUUGUUUUGAAUCGCUUUCAUUAGUUGUAGAUUAUGUUUGGUGUCCGGCUGACGUUUUGUUUUUGUGGAACCCGUUGCCAUACAAGCCAUGAUGAUUCAGAAUGAGCGUGUUUAUGUAAACCUGUGAUUUGCAGAUUAAACAACACCCUUGAUCCAGAAAAA